CGCCGGCACCGCCGCAUCGUCACCCUACUCACACUUCCGUCGUACAACUAUAUGCUGCAUAGGUAUUCAUGAAUUGAAAGUGACCAUACAGGAUUGUGGAUUGUGUCUGUGAAUGUGUAACUGACAGUGAUUGUGUGAAGUGCUCCCGACUCUGGACUUCAGUGACGUUGGAAUAUGUCGCUCAUAGCGGAGUGAGUCGGCGUGAUGCGGGGUCGGUGGCGCGCGGAGCUGCGGCUCGUGGCUCUCUGCACCACGUGGCUGCUGCUGCCGGCGCUGGCCUGCCCGCCGCAGUGCGUGUGCAAGUGGAAGAACGGCAAGCGCCACGUGGAGUGCGUGGACAAGGACCUCAAGCUCAUCCCCGGCCCCCUCGACCCGGAGACGCAGGUGCUCGACUUCGCCGGCAACGACAUGCAAGUGCUGCAGAAGGAAAUCUUCCAGAAAUUAGGCCUGUUUGACUUGCAGAAGAUUUAUCUUCCGAAAUGCAGAAUACACAAAGUCGACAACUACGCGUUUAAAGGCCUCGCCAAUCUCGUCGAGCUUGAUUUAUCGAACAAUUAUCUGACAAUAGUGCCGUCGUCUAAUUUCGUGUACUUCCCCUCGCUGAUGAGACUCUCGCUCAACAACAAUCCUAUUACGACGAUAAAAACACAUUGUUUCCAACAUUUAACGUUUCUAAAUACGCUGGAACUUAGCGAGUGUAAAAUCGAACAGAUCGAGGUCGACGCCUUCGCGGGCCUCCAUCAUUUGGAAUGGCUCCGUUUAAAUGGGAACCGGCUUUCUAAUAUGGAAGGGGACAAUAUAUUUCCGGAUACUUUGCGAGGGAUCGAUCUCGAGAACAAUCGCUGGAACUGCGACUGUCAGAUGAAGGACCUGCAUAACUGGCUGGUGAAGUUCAACAUGCCGCACGCCGUGGAGCCGCUGUGCUCCACUCCUGAGCGACUGAGGAAGCGCAAGAUCGCGAGCGUGGCCGCCGCCGACCUCGCCUGCGCUCCCAAAAUGUCCCCCACAUCUGUGUACUUAGAAACUAAUGAAGGCAAUAAUGUAACGCUCGAGUGUGUGGUGAAAGCUGUUCCCGAAGCUGAAAUUUCGUGGUGGUUUCAGGGCCAAAUUAUACACAAUGGCUCUAAAGACGAUUACGACCUCAAAACCUCGUAUAGUCUCAUCGGGACCACCGACAAGAAGAGCGAACUAUUCAUAUUUAAUGUUAAUCAAUACGAUAACGGUACUUACAUUUGUAUAGCUGAUAAUAUAGCAGGGAGAGCACUCGCUAAUUACACUUUAAAAAUUAUAAUUAAGGAGGAGCCUGUAAUUGUAGUGGUAUCUUUUCCUCGGAAGCACCUAGUCAUUAUUGUUACAGGAGUAUUUCUGGUAAUCGUUCUUGUAAUAGCUAUAGUAGCCGUUGUUUUGUUGAAAUUUAAAACUGACACUAAAAGUCGUAAGAAAAAGGACAGCGGAAAAGAUGUCGCAUUGCGUAAUCAAAACAACUCGUCACGCAAUAGUGAUACCUCAACCUUUGACACAUUACAAAGAAAAAUGAAUGGAAGUUUGAUUACAAACGCUCAAACCCAUCACGUGGUCCAUUACACAGUUCAAGAGAGCACGGAAGACACUUACCGCCAAGGGAGCAUCAAGAAUUUCGUAGACAGAAACCCGGACAUAAUUAAUGAUGCCGAAACGGUUACAAACAAUGCGCUAAACGACAACGCGAUUAUGUCUGUUUACAAAACACAGAACACAAACCCCGAGAACAUGGAGGGGGAGAGCGCGUUCUCGCUGCCGCCCAUGAUGCCGCGCCAGGUGACGUGGCGCGACCAGCAGCCGCCGCGCGGCCCCUACCACAUGUACCAGCACUCCGCCGACAUACACCUCAACCCCGGCUGCUUCCUCGACAACGAGGGCUAUCCCUACGACUACGGACUGCCAAAGAUGCAGUGUAGAGGUCCGCCGAUGCACUCCAACUACGCAAUAGUAACCCCAGGUUACCAAACACUUCCUCACAAGAGGCCUAAUGUACAGAAACUAGGCUGUAAGUUCGCUAAAGAUACGGAGUUUAACACAACACCUCCGUGUUUAAAUUAUGUCUCGGGUAACUUUAGGCAUACAUUGGACGGGUAUCCAGUAGUGAAUAGGCCUGUGCCUUUUGCCGGGAACGGCAACAUGUUCAUAGCGCAGCCGGGGCCUUUACCGGAGGGGUACCAAGUGGAGCCGAUCACACUGUGCUGCGGCGCGUCACAGACCGAGUCGUGCUCGGCAGCGUGGGGCGCGAAGGGCACGUGCGCGGUGAUGGUGCCGCUGGACGUGGCUGAGGCGGGCGCCGCCAAGUGCUACCACGUGGAGACGCGCUGCGUGGACACGCAGACGGGCGAGGGGCGGAGUGAGGCGCGCGGGGCGGAGGCGCGCGGGGGCGAGGCGCGGGGCGCGGAGGGCGAGGCGCCCAAGCCGGCGCUGCGCGCGGGCAAGUACGAGCUGGAGGUGUGCACGGAGAGCCCCGACGAGGGCUACGUGGGCGACGCCGUGGACUCCGCCGACACCUGACGACGGCGUCAGCUCGACAACCCCAAGACAGGGAGGCUCGCAGCGAACAAAAGUGAUAAAGCGACUGAAUAAGGUACGACUAGAUUAAGUUCGACGAGGUACAUGAAAUUUUACGACACAAAGAGCCGCCGCGCGAGGCGCUCCAACUCCGCAAUCCGCUCGGCUCCAACUAAUUAAAACAAAGGAUUCAUUUUAAAAGUUUCUCUACCAUUCGAAAUACCUGAUACAUACCGACAGGAACUCAGUAAAUGUAAUUUACUUCGCUCGUUUAUCUGAAAUACUCAUGGAACAGUUAAGGUUAGAACCUACCCUAAUUAAAUAAGUAAUGUUACGACACAGUAAUUACAGUAAAUAUAUUCGCGGGCUUGUAAGAGCCUGCGCAUGUGUGCGUGGGGCGAUAAGCACCGCAUUGUACGGCGGCGCGGCUGUAAGUAAUAUAUUUACUGUAACUACAAUAUACCGAUACAAAUUAGUUUUGUACCUAAACUUGUUUUCUGGUUGUUAUCAAUAUUAUUACUGUACUGUUGAAUUUGUGCCAAUACGUAGAUAUUUUGUAUGGAAACCGUUUUGUUUUAUGGAACUUCGAAACAACUGGAUUGACUCCUAGCGUCGAUACGAGAACUUCGCACAUAAAUCAAUACAAUGUUUAAUGAAGUUUCUCAUAAUAUAUGGCUAUUUAUUUUUAUACUUACAUGGAAUAAUCUUGUGCGUAUUUAACUGUUUGCCCCUGAUGGUUUGUGAUGAGAUGAACUGUGCAAUGUAAUGAGCAAUGUACAUACUACAUACAAUCAGAUUAACUUUUUCACCGGCAUGUUAUACAUAGACUCAAACAAUGUUUCAUACUUUUGUUUAACGUAGAUCAAUAACAUAGUAUAUCAUAAAGUAUUAUAAAUAAUGUGUAAAUAUUUUUUAUAAACAAUGUUAGAACUAAUGUUGGAAUUUCCUCUCAGGAAUAAAGGUAAUUCUUAAAUCGAUAUCAGGGUAUCUCCCUUAAGUUAGCUAUAAUAUUGUUAAAAUAAUCUAUCUUUUUGUAACAUAACUGUAGAUCUUCAUUGAUACACUUAAUUUAGAAAAAUAUUUAAUUGAAUAAGUAGGCGUUAUGUUCCUAUUUUUAUAUUAUUAGCGACUUCGUCCCAAUCAAUUGAAACCUUAACACAUUUGCAAAGAGACCUCCCCUUAACACGGUAAAAACACAAGUCAGAAU